GGAGCGUCUGAAGAGGCGCGGGCCGCCGCAGGCUGAGGCGCUGCACCUCGCUGGCCGGGGCAGCCGGACGAGGCCCAGGGAGCCACUCGCCCCGACCCCACCGCCCGAUGUCCUCAAGAUGGAGGCAGCUAGGGAGGCGGCGUGAAGAAAGCGGCGCUGUCGGCGCGGGAGCAGGGGCCCCGGCCGCCCGGGCGGAGGCGGUGGCGGGAUGGGGCUGCUGCUUAUGAUCCUGGCGUCGGCCGUGCUGGGCUCCUUCCUCACGCUGCUCACCCAGUUCCUGCUGCUUUACCGCAAAUACCCGGAGCCGCCUCCGGACGAGGCCGCCAGCGCGGGCGAUGGCUUCCGCUACAUCAAGCCGGUGCCGGGCCUGCCCCUGAGAGAGUACCUCUAUGGCGGCGGCGGGGCUGAGGAGCCUUCCGGCGGGCCCCCAGAGGGCGGCGCAGCCCCAACCCCCGAGACCCCCGCCCCGCCGACGCGGGAGACCUGCUACUUCCUCAACGCCACCAUCCUGUUCCUGUUCCGGGAGCUGCGGGACACGGCGCUGGCCCGCCGCUGGGUCACCAAGAAGAUCAAGGUGGAGUUCGAAGAGUUGCUGCAGACCAAGACGGCCGGGCGCCUGCUGGAGGGGCUGAGCCUGCGGGACGUGUUCCUCGGGGACACCGUGCCCUUCAUCAAGACCAUCCGGCUGCUGCGGCCCGUCGUGCCCUCGGCCACCGGGGAGCCGGACGGCGCCGACGGCGAGUCGCUGCCCGCCGCCUCGCCCGAGGAGCUGGCGUUCGAGGCGGAGGUGGAGUACCACGGGGGCUUCCACCUGGCCAUCGACGUGGACCUGGUCUUCGGCAAGUCCGCCUACCUGUUCGUCAAGCUGUCCCGCGUGGUGGGGCGGCUGCGCUUCGUCCUCACUCGCGUGCCCUUCACCCACUGGUUCUUCUCCUUCGUGGACGACCCGCUCAUCGACUUCGAGGUGCGCUCGCAGUUCGAAGGGCGGCCCAUGCCUCAGCUGACCUCCAUCAUCGUCAACCAGCUGAAGAAAAUCAUCAAGCGUAAGCACACCCUCCCGAGUUACAAGAUCAGGUUUAAGCCGUUUUUUCCAUUCCAAACCUUGCAAGGAUUUGAAGAUGAUGAAGACGAGCAUAUCCAUAUCCAGCAAUGGGCACUUACUGAAGGCCGCCUUAAAGUUACAUUGUUAGAAUGCAGCAGGUUACUUAUUUUUGGAUCCUAUGACAGAGAAGCAAAUAUUCAUUGCACACUUGAGUUGAGCAGUAAUGUUUGGGAAGAAAAACAAAGGAGUUCUAUUAAGACGGUUGAAUUAAUAAAGGGGAAUUUACAAAGUGUUGGACUUACACUCCGUCUUGUCCAGUCAACUGAUGGGUAUGCUGGGCAUGUCAUAAUUGAGACUGUGGCCCCAAACUCACCUGCUGCGAUGGCGGACCUUCAGCGAGGAGAUCGACUUAUCGCUAUUGGAGGUGUGAAGAUCACGUCCACACUGCAGGUGCUGAAGCUCAUCAAGCAGGCUGGUGACCGCGUCCUGGUGUAUUACGAGAGGCCUGUGGGCCAGGGCAAUCAAGGUGCAGCACUGCAAGACCACUUUGGACAGUUGGAGGAAAACUUUCUGUCAGGCUCAUGCCAACCAAAUUAUGAAGAGGAAGCAGCCGGGUUGGCCAUGGAUGCUGAAAAUAGAGACCUAGAUUCUGAAUUUGAAGACUUGGCAAGUGAUGUCAGAACACAGAAUGAGUUCAGAGAUGAGGCACAGUCAUUGAGCCACAGUCCCAAACGCACUCCAGCAGCACUUUCUGUUAAACCCCUUGGAACUGUGUCGCCAGUUUUAAACCGUAAAUUAGUUGUAGGAAGUCACCCACCACCACCAAAACUUCCAUCCAAAGAAGGGAGUAAACCCUUAGCCCUAAAACCUUCUGAUACAACGGACCUAGCACACGUGUCAAAACCAACCCAAGGAUCUUCUUUCAAACCACCUGUGCCACCACGACCACAGGUGAAAGCUCCUUUGCCUCCUGCUGAUGCCCUGAAUCAGGUCGAACCAGAUGUUCUUACUGAAAAGCCAGAGAAGGCCCCGCUGCCUCCUUCUGCAGAUAAGGCUGCGGAGAAGCAAGCAAAACCUGUGGAUAACCUAGAAGAAGCCACUGCGUCCAAGCAGUUUUCAGUAAAGCAGGAGGUGGCUAAAGAUUUUACUUCAGAAAGUUCCUGCCCUACUAAGGACAGUUCAGAUGACCCUCAAACGUGGGAGUCCUCAGAAAUUCCUUAUCGUAAUAAGCUAGGAAAAUGGACAAGAACCAGGGCCACCUGUUUCUUUGACAUAGAGGCCUGCCACAGGUACUUAAAUAUUGCACUGUGGUGCAGGGAUCCUUUCAAGCUAGGGGGCCUCAUCUGUUUGGGGCACGUUAGUUUAAAACUGGAAGAGGUGGCUUUGGGAUGCUUAGCGACAUCAAACAUGGAAUACCUUUCAAAGUUCAGACUGGAAGCCCCGUCACCUAAGGCAGUGGUCACAAGAACUGCACUACGCAAUCUGAGUGUACAGAAGGGAUUCAAUGACAAAUUUUGCUUUGGUGACAUUACUAUUCACUUCAAAUAUUUGAAGGAAGGAGAACCAGACCACCAGAUAGUUACUAAUUUAGAGAAAGAAAAAGAACUUCAUUUGGUCGAAGAGGUUUCUGCCCUACCCAAAGAGGAGCAUUUUGUCGGACAGGUGGGUUUAACAGAAAAUAAACAUAGUUUCCAGGAUACUCAGUUCCAGAACCCGACCUGGUGUGAUUACUGUAAGAAAAAAGUUUGGACUAAAGCUGCUUCCCAGUGUAUGUUUUGUGCUUAUGUUUGCCAUAAAAAAUGUCAAGAAAAGUGUCUAGCUGAGACUCCUCUUUGUGGAGCAACUGAUAGGCAAAUAGACCGGACUCUGAAAAACUUACGGCUGGAAGGACAGGAAACCCUCUUAGGCUUGCCUCCUCGAGUUGAUGCCGACACUAGCAAGUCAGUCAAUAAAACGACAGGUCUGACAAGGCACAUUAUCAACACUAGCUCUCGUUUGUUAAAUUUGCGUCAGGUCUCUAAAACGCGCCUUGCUGAACCAGGAACUGACCUAGUAGAACCAUCACCCAAACAUACACCCAAUACGUCAGACAACGAAGGCAGUGAUACAGAGGUAUGUGGGCCAAACAGUCCUUCUAAACGGGGAAACAACACAGGAAUCAAAUUAGUAAGAAAAGAGGGUGGUCUGGAUGACAGUGUCUUCAUUGCAGUUAAAGAAAUUGGUCGUGAUCUGUAUAGGGGCUUGCCUACGGAGGAAAGGAUCCAGAAAUUAGAGUUCAUGUUGGAUAAGCUACAAAAUGAAAUUGACCAGGAAUUGGAACAUAAUAAUUCCCUUGUUAGAGAAGAAAAAGAGACAACUGAUGCAAGGAGAAAAUCCCUUCUUGCUGCUGCUUUGGCUAAAUCAGGUGAAAGACUGCAAGCCCUAACCCUCCUUAUGAUCCACUACAGAGCAGGCAUUGAAGACAUGGAAUCUUUAGAAAGUCUGUCUUUAGACCAGCACUCCAAAAAAUCUAACAAGUACACGGAUGAUGCCGAAGAAGAACUUGACAGUGAGCUAAGCCAACUACUGGACUCCCAGCCCUUCAGCCACGUAUCAGAUGCCUUGUUUGGCCCGUCCGAAUCUGUGUAACGGGCGGUCUGUUUACGCUUUGAAGUGACUGGGGAAAAGCCCAGAUACAACCGUGUUAGGCCCUCUUAUUGUGUACUUGGACCUGCUUCUCUAGUUAUUUGCUUGUGUAAGAACAAGAAUGAAAGAGGUGGUUUUCUAGCAAAAACAUGACCAGCU